AGUAGAUGAAAAGUUGGUCAACAAGCGGCCGGUGCCGAGGCUCAGUUCCCGGGAUCACUUCUUCACUUUGAGACGGUCUUCUCUGGUCCUCCGGUCCUCUGCUCGAGAGCGGCCGGUCGAAGCGGAGCUGCGAGAUGCCGCUGCUCCACAGAAAAGCCUUCGUCCGACAGAGACCUCCCGCGGACCUGCGGCCGGAGGAGGAGGUGUUCCUCUGUAAGAUCACCCACGAAGUCUUCAGGAGCUACGAUGACUUCUUUGAGAGGACCAUCCUGUGCAACAGUCUGGUGUGGAGCUGUGCUCUGACGGGUCGGGCGGGCCUCACCUACCUGGAGGCGGUGGAGAGUGAGCGGCGAGCCAAGCUGAGUCUCCAGAGCUUCCCUCAGUGUCUUGUGGUGCCUCUGCUCCACCUGGCUGCUCUGAGCCACCACGGCCGACUGACGGAGCUCUGCGAGGACGUCUACACCUUCGCCAAAGACCGCUUCUUCCCCGGAGAGACCGUGGACGUGGCAGGACGCAACGGGGCCAGACAUGCGUGUGAGAUCCUGCAGGUUCAUUCUCCUCAUUCCAGCGCCGAUGGAGCACCGACCACGAACAGCCACAAGAAGCCAGUGGACAGAGACACCAUCGUCAUCAGUGACAGCGACGAGGACAGAAACGCCUUCCAGAGUCCCUCCGCUCAGGUCAACGGGAAGAGGAAGAAGCCUCUGAGUCCGUCGGUGUUUAAAUACACAGUGAGGAUGAUGAAGGACGAACACAGUGAGCCGUUCACGGUCAAGGUCAAUCAGAUCAGUCGCAGGAAGACGACUCUGUCCAAAGAGAGACUGAAGCUGCUCCUCAAACAACACUGUGUCCCUCACAACGGGACCAUCGCUCUCAAGCCCUCCACAGUGAUGAAGUUCCAGCUGUCGGAACAAACCUUCUCUCAGUUCUUCCCUGACGAGCCCCCCCGGUUCCCCUUCAGCCCCCCCUCUAAAGGUGGAGGGCGUGGCUCGUCCGGACAGAUGAGUCCGGCUCUGGGGAAGGUGACAGAGGAGAAGCUGAAGCUGGUGCAGCAGAGGAAGGAGAUGGCUGCUGCGGCUACGGACAGAGUUCGACUGAAGAAGGAGAAGGAGGAGGUGCAGGAGGCCAAGAGGAGAGAGAAGGAGGACAAGGAGAAGAUGAAGGAGGAGCAGAGGAAGAGGUUUGAGGAGGAGAAGCAGAGGAGGAGGGAGGAGAAUGAGCAAAGAAAGCUGGAGAAGGAGAAGGAACGAGAGAAGCUGAAAGAGGAGAAGAAGAAAUACGCUGAGCGACUGAAGAUCUGGAACAAACCCAGAGAAGACCUGGAGUGUGAAGACCUGAAGGAUCUGCCCAGUCCGGAUCCAGUGAGAACUCGUCUUCCGUCGGUCCUCUUUGGAGAAGCUCUGAUGAUCCUGGAGUUCCUGCGAGCCUUCGGGGAAGUCUUUGACCUGAAGGACGAGUUCCCUGAUGGAAUCUCUCUAGACGUUUUGGAGGAGGCUCUGGUGGGUUCUGAUCCUGAAGGUCCUCUGUGUGAGCUGCUGUUCUUCUUCCUGUCGGCCAUCUUUCAGGCUCUGGACGAGGAGCAGGAGGAGGUGACCAAAGACCAGGCUGAAGAUCUGUCGGAGGCCCUGGACGAUGACUCUGACCCGACGCAGUCCGCUCUGAGCGCCGUGGCCUCAUUGGCCGCCGCGUGGCCCCAGCUGCACCAGGGCUGCAGCCUGAAGCAGCUGGACCUCGACAGCUGCACGCUGUCUGAAAUCCUCCGGCUGCACAUCCUGGCGUCCGGCGCCGACUGCAACCACGUCAACGCCAAGCUGCGCUACCAGAAGCAGGGCGGCUUCACUCUGAUGGACGACCCCUGUGUCGAGCUGCGAUUGGCUGAGCCCACGCUGCUGAAGCGGCUGUCAUGCACCGCCGUGUACGACCUGACUCCAGGGGAGAAGCUGAGGAUCCUUCAGGCUCUGGUGGGGAAGCUGCUGACGUUGGCCUCCAGCAGGGAUGUGAUUGAAGACUGUGUGGAGGAGCAGCGAGGAGCUCGACAGGAACUGAGAGAAAUCAGAGCUGAACAACACCGCAGAGGGAGAGAGGAGGCUGCACACAGGGUUCGUCUUCGUAAAGAGGAGAAGUUGAGGGAGCAGGAGCAGAGGCUGAAGGAGAAGGAGGAGAAACUGAGGGAACAGGAGAUGAAGGGAGGACUCCAAACCAACAGUGAGAAGCGACACAAUGAGGAUGACGAGGAGCAAAACUCUUCAUCCAGCAAGAAGACAAAAGCUAAGGACGACCAGAGAGAAAGACAACAGAUGAACUCUGACCCCAAACCCCCGUCCUGCCCCCCCACCAGCCUGGCAGCAGAGGAGCUGGAGAAGGAGCAGGAGAAGGUUCGAGAGCUGCAGGGCCGGAUCCUGAAGGCGGCGGCCUGCACCUGCCUGCCUCCUCUGGGCAGAGACCGGCUGUACCGCCGCUACUGGCUCGUCCCCUCAGCCUCGGCCCUGUUUGUGGAGGACGACGCGUUCGGCCUGACGGAGGACAUGCUGCAGCCACGGCCCAAACCUGAGCAGGAGUCCACUGCCAAGAUGGAGGAGGACGUCAAAGAAGAACCAGCCGAUGGACGCACUGGCUCAAGCCCCGCCCCCUGCAACACCUGCAGCCUGCCAAUCAACCGUCCCAUCCAAUGGUCUUUCUACAGCUCCGUGGAGGAGGUGGAUCAGCUGAUCGAGGCUCUGAACCCUCGAGGUCACAGGGAGGGCGGCCUGAAGGAGGCGCUGCUGCAGGAGAGGGAGCGGCUGCAACAGCUGCUGCAGAACUGUGACAGGAAGCAAUUCACACACACAGAUGAUCCUGAGUCGUCCACAUCUGUCCCAGAAUGCAUUGCUGCAGCUGAGACUCUGAUGGAAGCUCGACUGAGAGACCUGCUGCUGGACAUCGAGGACCGCAUCCACCAGGGGACUCUGGGAACUCUGAAGGUGAUGGACAGACGGGCGUGGCGCUCGGCAUUGGAAGCAGGAAACUAUGAGCUGCUGUGUUCUGACAGCAGAGAGAACGAGCGAGUGGAGGCCAUGGAGGUGAACCCCCCCCCGCAGAGAGGCAGAGACAGACUGCAGGAGCUGAAGUCAGACGGUGUGGCGGCGUGUGGGACCAGCGGCAGCGGGACUCCUCAGGUUGUCAGCAGCUCAAUACGAAUCCUGGCCGCGGCCCUCGUUCACGUUGAGCAAGGCAUCGAGAGACGCUUCCUCAAAUCUCCUCUGGGUGAGGAAGAGUCCAAGAAAGACCAGAAGAUGAAGAAGAACAAGAAGAAAGACGAGGACCAGGCCAGUGAGGAUGGCAGUGACAGUGGUCGAGUGGUGAAGACGGUGUUGGAGCGGUGGAGGGAGUCUCUUCAGUCCUGCUCCAGUUUGUCUCAGGUGUUCGUCCACCUGUCCAGUCUGGAGAGAAGCGUCCUCUGGUCUCGCUCCGUCCUCAACGCGCGCUGUCGCAUCUGCAGACGCAAAGGGGACGCGGACAACAUGCUGCUGUGUGACGGCUGUGACCGAGGACACCACACCCACUGCCUGAGGCCCCGCCUCAAGACGGUUCCGGAGGGCGACUGGUUCUGUCCAGACUGUCGACCCAAACAGAGAUCUAGCCGUGUGCCGUCCCGUCAGCGCUCCUCUGUUGACGAGGAGGAGGAGGAGGAUGAAGAGGAGGAGCAGCAGCAAGAGACUGAGGAGGAAGAGUCAGAAGAAGAAGAAGAGGAGGAGUCGGAGGAUGAGUUGGAGGAGUCGGAGGAUGAAGAAGUUGCAGUGAGCAGCACCAAGAGGAGUCAGGCCCCGCCCCCCAAAGGCCGGAACCAACAGGCCACACCCAAAGGACAACAGACCACGCCCAGGAACAGCACCAUCUCAGCAGGGAAACACUCCUCCGCCUCCAAGUCCUCAGGUAAGAAGGCCACACCCCCUGUAUCGAAACCCAACGUGGCAUCCGGCAGUAAAGCCCCCCCUCGCUCCGGGAGCCGGGUGAGCGCCCGUCUGAGCCACGAGAUCUCUGCACCAAAUGGAAACGCAAACCCCUCACCUGGUCCGAGCGAGACCCGCAAGAGGCAGCCGCCAGACACCACUGCCCCCCCGAAACCCUCCAGACCCGUCCUCACUCCUCCUGCCACCUCCUCCUCCUCCUCCAGCCGCCGCUCCUCCGGGAGGAACCAGGGCGUCCACGAGCUGUCGGCCUGUGAGCUGCUGGUUGUGGACCUCGUCAGACAUGAAGACAGCUGGCCCUUCAAGAAGCUGGUGUCCAGGACUCAGGUGCCCGACUACUAUGACAUCAUCAAGAAGCCGAUCGCCCUCAGCACCAUCAGAGAGAGAGUCAACAACUGUGAAUAUCAGGCAGCAGGUGAUUUCAUCUCCGACGUGGAGCUGAUGUUCUCCAACUGUCUCCAGUACAACCCGCGUCACACCAACGAGGCGAAGGCCGGCACCCGCCUGCAGCAGUUCUUCCACUCGGAGCUCAGCAGGCUCGGUCUGUCUGAGCGCGGCUCCGCCCCGCCGGCCAAACGGUCCCGACACUGAACCAAGCGCACCCUCUGACCUCACCGCCGGACAUAUUCUGAUAGGUCCACGGAGGUGGGCGGGAUUUAGAAGCUGCAGGUGUUUCCAUCCUGAUGUACUAACAAGGCGUUGAUAUGAUUGUUGACAUAAUCGCAUCUUCAUGACCCCUGACCUCAGAGCAGCCGCAGGCCAGUGUCUGGGGUCAGAGGUCAUGAAGUUCCACGUUCAAAAGGAACCUAACAUUAAAUGUUACAACCACAAGCUGGUGUCGAUUCAAGCUCACCUGAGAGGGGCGUGUUCUGUAAGCUCCGCCCUCUUCGCUGGAUAAAACUUAGAUUUCCUCCGACCUGCUGACGUUCACGGUGUCUUCGUCUGGUGUGUGUGGACAGACGUGGACGUGUAGUGCAGGGACAUUCCUGUGGUGCUGUAGGACAGUAGAGAUAGUAGAGUCCCAGAAAAGCAAAAACCACUCAAUAAACGUAAGCUUUGCACUGACAGUGAAACCCGAUCAGGCCGUUUGUUUGCUCAGGGACAAGAUGUUUGAGUGUUUGGUAGAGCAGCAGGUUCCAGGCUGCGCGGCGGCUUCAGGCUCGGGGGGGCCACGUCAGUGUCUCCUGAUCCACUGAGACAUUUAGUUGAUGUGGUAAAUCCAUUGUGAAGCUUUCAUUUUAAAAUCCAAUCACAUGGUGUUUGAAAAGCCUCAAUAGUUCCAAGAUUGUAAUGAAAUCUUCAGAGACCUCAACAAACCAUGUUAACCACUGCAGGUGUUUCAAAAUGGCCGACACUGACUGAAAUGAACUGGGAUUUAUUAAAAUCUUAACAUUUUGACGCUUUCAUGACGAGCGUCUGGAAUUCCGACAGAAUUUAUACUGAAAAUCCAUUUCACUUUCACUUUGUUUAAUUUGAUCUUGAUUUUGACCGAUCCUUUAUUUUGAAGGUUUGGGUCAAAGCAGUCGUCUGAUUGGAGGAAAGCCAAGUCGUUGUUUCAAACGUGGAAAUGAAAAUUGGAUUUUAAAAGCUUCAGUCAGUUUGAUGCUGAUGACCUUUGACCUGAGUCGCCGUGGCCUCUGUGGAUUUGUUGUUUUUUUUUAAUUUAGUCGUUUGUUUGGCUGAAUUUUUUUUUAGUUUAUUUUCUUUCUGUUGUGUCUGGAGGUGGGGGGGGUCAGUCUGUAAAACUACACUGGAGCCGCUGCAGCGCCCCCUACCUCUGUAUUUAUUUAGUCUCUGCGUUGUCUUUAUUUAUGACUGAUUGAUGCUCAGCCUCCGGAUGAUCUCUCACCUGUUUGAUGUUCUAAUGUAAAAAUAAAUGGACUUUUUAUAACCA